UACACACUACACAGAGCACCGAGUACCGGAAGCUAGGAAGUAGUUGAAAAUUAGAAUUUAGAAUGAAAGUGCGAAACUAAGAUGAACAACUUAUAUUAAAUAGUGCCUAUAAAAGACAAAACAUAUUUAUUUAACAUUAGUUACGGUUGCUUUCUAACACGUUUUAAUUGUUUCGUUAAGAAAUAUGGAGAACGACAGUCAUAAAAUUACAGACGAAUUACAGAAAUGUAGUUAUCGGGAUUUACAACUACUAUCGAAACAUUAUGGCUUACCUUCUAAUUACAAAAAAUUGUAUCUUAUACAAUUGAUAAUUGCAAGAAAAAUGGGUUUAGAGGAGUCAGUAACAACUAUCAUUGAAAAAGUCAGAAAGGAACGUCAAAGAAUGAAACACUCUAAAAAUAGAACUCGGAAAUCACAGAUGAAAACUAAAAAGUUACAAACAUUUUCUCCACCAAUAACUGCAACUCCAAAACUUAAAUUGGCCAGGAAUGUGAUAGAAAAUCAUAUUUCAAAAUAUAAUACUCGUCAGAGCCUCCUUGCAAGAUUAAUGAAUGCUGAUACCCCAAAAAACAUAGAUGCCCAUAAGACUUUGAAGCAAUAUGAAAAUCUGAGUGUGAGAAAUUUCCAAAGGAAAACAAAUCAAUUGGUUGGUGAACAAAUUCACAAGGUUAAGCUAACUUCACAAUGUAUCAUGAAACGUCAAGUGAAUUCAGAUAUUAUUAUGAGGAAGGAUAAUGUGAAAGUGAUGUAUAAUACCAGUGCUACUCAAACUAUUGCACCUCUACCGGCGAAACGACAGAGAAUCCUGAGUGGUAUAUAUCCAAUAAAUCCCAAUCCCAUAGUAAGGCUUCAAAAAGGUGAUCUGACACUUCGCAGAAAUGAUGGAACGGUCUCCAAAGUUAACGCCUUUAUCCAGGAGAAACCUCCACCGACCAGUGAAAUAAUAAGGGAUGUCUUACAAGACUUAGAGAGAAACAACUCGGAAAAUAAUUUAAUACAUAGAAAUAUGUCCAUUGAUUCGGCAUAUUGUGAAGCGAACACGUCAAUCGAAACAAACGAUGGAAUAGAAAUUCUGUAUUAUGAAAAACGCGUUGAACAAACGAAGUAUGAAACGUAUAAAGAGGACCGUUUGCCGAAAAUUGCGGACGUGUUCAGCAAAUUCAAUAAUCGGGAUUAUGGGCAACAAUUAUUUGUCCAAGUUAGCGCCGAGUCUGAAGAGGGUUCAUAUUCCACAUACAUGCCUCAAACCAUCGUUCAGACAAUCCAAUUGGAGACAAUAUAUAACUUCAAGUCACUGUUUACAAAUUCUUCACUCUUACAAAUAAGUACGAAGAGUAAAACCACAUGCACAAACAGCACAGUGACUAUUAUGUCCACGAAGGUGUACCCAACAUCCACAGUUAUAUCGCACAAUGCUUAUCCUAGGUACGAUGUAAAUUACGCAAACGGAAGGGAUCAUGUCGAUAUGUUACUUUGCAAGGAACCAAUGCAGCAGCCGGAUAAUUCAGAUUAUUUAAAUAAUAAUAUCGCAGAAUCCACUUCGUUUGACAGAAAUGGUGGAAAUGUUACCAUACCAGAAAUGGUUGAAGACGCUUUAGAAGUUAUAAGUCAGGAUGAGGAAUACAUGAAGUGUGUAGACAUCGAUACAAAAAUUAACUGUGUGUUGUGCAACUGGUGCGGACCAGGUAUUGUCGUGGACUAUCAUAUACAAAAGAUACACGAAAAUGAAAUUAUGAAGCAAUUAACGAAUGAUUGGAACAUUACAUUCACAUUGGGAGCGUUGGUACAGGAACCUCUUUGGUGCAGCCGUGUUUUGGAAUAUGAAUCCAUUUUCUAUGUUCUGAGUGCGAAAUACGAAGAGCCAGACGUGUUCAUGGCUACUCUGACGUCGCAUUCCACGGAUUUUACAUUCAAAACCGGUUCAAUUACGGUUUUCAAUAAAACAACAGGUGAACCGUUCACGUGGGAGGGGGAGAUAAAAUGCUUAUCUCCGGAUUGGCCAUAUACAAAAAAUAUAAGCGGACUGAAAAUAAAUCUAUCAAAACUGGACUUGAUGCCUCAAAUAUACCCCAUUGCCGGUCAACCGGGGUUAAAUGAUGUACAUAUUAUAUUGUUCGCUAGGUUAUAUAACUAAAACGGUAAUUUAAAUGCGUUCAAUUGUCGCUAAUCACUGUAUUUAGUAUGGAAGAAUAUUUAAUAUAUAAACUUUUGAAUUAAUAUAAUUUAAAAGUUCGUAGUUAAUAUCGUUGAAAUUAGGUAAGUAUUUAAUUUUAAGUACAAAAUUCUUAUGAUGCAAUAUCAGAAAGUAAACUUAAAGAAGAACUGUUAUUGUUAAAUUGUUUUGUUUUUAAUUAAAAAAUCGUCGUGAGUUAAUUGUAUGGUUUGAUAAUAAUGCUCUUCAAACAAUUUUUUUUACUUGCUCUUAAUUUUUUUUAAUAACUACCACCCAUAUAUGUCCCAUGAACCCAAUAUUAUCUGAAUAAUUCUCUCGUAUAUAAUACUUUGAAUUCUCGUAAAUAGAUCCCUUAUUCCGAGUGUACCGUUUUAAAGUACUAGUCGUCUCUUUUCCUUACAGUGUAAAAGCAAUUUACAGAAAGAGAGGAAAGAGUGCUAUUAGUAUGCUAUUUUAAUACUUUCUGUCAGCUUAUCAUUGACACUCGGAAAAAAUUAAAGUUAUUUUUAUAAAACUCAUUAGACGCUUAAAUUACAAAAAUGCUUGCCACAAGCGUUAUUUAUUUAACAAUACGUGUAAACAAAAAUAUCUAUCACAUAUUCUUUGACGUUUAUAAACUGAUGGAAGACGGAAGACUGUAACUUUUAAAACAGUUUUUUUUUUAAUUUAAGUAGCUUCCACUUAAAGAUCUCAUAUUUAAACUUUUAUGUUCCUAUUAAUAAUAAGAUUCCUAUAAGUGUCAUAGACAAACAAUGUUUAUCUGUGUUAUUACAAGUACCAGUACGAAUUAAGGUCUAUGGUAAUAGAGUAUAAAUUUAACUUAUGGGAAGUAGA